CUGCCAAACCUAACGGCAUAUCGCGAGGCUGCUCUCGUUCGGUCGGUUGCUCCUCGAUUUUGUUCUUGGGAGGAUUCCUCUACCUUUUCCACCUCCAGCAGAAUCCGCCUCCAAAUCUCCACUACCUCCCUUCUUCAGAUUCCUCUCGACGCUAAAUUCUUGCAUCUCCCCUUCCGAAUCGUCCGCUAGCUUCGCUGAUAAUUAUUAGGCUUAAUGGGAAGCAGAGAUGACGAUGGCCCAACCACUGAGGAUCAAGGCUAUGCCGCAGACAUCCAUUCCAUCAGGGAGGCGCAGGUCCGCAUCGCGCCGUAUGUGCACAAGACAACCAUUCUGUCAUCGACAUCUAUCAAUGCCAUAGUGGGGAAGCAGUUGUUCUUUAAGUGCGAGUGCUUCCAGAAGGCAGGGGCAUUCAAGAUCCGAGGGGCAUCCAAUUCAAUAUUUGCCCUUGAUGAUGCCCAGGCAUCGAAGGGUGUUGUAACGCAUAGCAGUGGAAACCAUGCUGCUGCCGUGGCUCUGGCUGCAAAGUUGCGUGGCAUACCUGCUUACAUUGUCAUACCCAAAAAUGCACCAGAAUGUAAGGUUGACAACGUUAAGCGUUAUGGUGGCCGUAUUAUCUGGAGUGAUGUCACAAUGGAAUCAAGAGAAUCUAUUGCUAAAAAAGUUCAGGAGGAAACUGGUGCCAUUCUUAUUCAUCCAUUCAAUGACAAGUAUACUAUCAGUGGUCAGGGUACAGUAUUCCUUGAACUAUUGGAGCAGGUCCCUGAGAUUGACACUGUUAUUGUUCCAAUUAGUGGUGGUGGUUUAAUUUCUGGUGUGGCAUUGGCUGCAAAGGCCAUAAACCCUUCAAUACGCAUUCUGGCAGCAGAACCAAAGGGUGCUGAUGAUUCAGCCCAAUCCAAGGUUGCUGGAAAGAUCAUCAAACUACCUGCAACCAACACCAUUGCUGAUGGACUACGAGCUUUUCUCGGUGACUUGACAUGGCCGGUGGUGCGUGAUUUGGUGGAUGAUGUCAUCGUUGUGGAUGACAGUGCCAUUGUCAACGCCAUGAAAAUGUGCUACGAGACUCUCAAGGUAGCUGUGGAGCCUAGUGGAGCCAUUGGCCUUGCUGCUGCCCUUUCCGAUGAGUUCAAGCAAAGCUCUUAUUGGCAUGAGAGCAGCAAGAUAGGUAUCAUUGUUUCUGGAGGCAAUGUAGACCUCCGUGUGCUUUGGGAGUCCCUCUAUAAAUGACGAUUGGACCAUACAAAGUUGUACUAUAUUUGAAUUUGAAAUGCACGAGGUCAGUUGUUGUAAAAUUGUAACCUACUUAUUUCUCACAUGGAACUGUAUUGUCUGUUGAGUUACUCGGUGCAAAAAAAUUCAUCAUGCACUUUGACAGUU